CCUUGUAAGCUUGGCCUUUCUCGCAUCUUAUUAUCAGAAAAUUUUUACCGGGCACACCCGAGAGGCUCCUGACUGCCAGGUGAAUGCUGAUCCGAGCUCGUGACCUGAGAGACACGCCAAGACGGUUGUGAUAUUACGUGACUUUGAUAGACUUGCCAGCUUUUGUGCGAAGGUUUGGUACGUGUCGCGGCGUCUGGGAGUGGCAUCAGUGAAUGCAACCUGGGUAUGUGCAAUGAAUAACUAGCACGUGUGGGGUCAAGGAUCCUGAGAACUAGAAUGAAGAAGGCGAGUCCUCAUCGUGCAUAGGUUUUUUUUAUUGGUAAUGCUACCUCAGCACGCACCAGGGGAGGACGAGUUUACCAGUGACAGUCGGCUGACUGGGAGUGAUGAGCACCAUUCCUGGCGACUCUAAGCAAGAGCCUUCGACUGCGGGAGCGUCCAGUGCUGGUGCUGCUGCCUGGCCGUUUACUGCUCAAGCAGACUCGCCGAGCCUGGGGUCACACGAGGUGCCUGCCAGCGGACCCUUCUAUGAUAGUCUGGAUGAGAGCAGCCAGAGUCUCAGUGAUAGCUUGAGCUGCCACAAACGUCGCGGGUCUGGUGCCUUGGACUCACUCGCCUCCCUAAAUAAUUUCAGUGACAGUCUGGAAGAUUGUAGUGAAGGAUCUGAUACUACCGCUACUUUGGACAGUGACACAGGUUCAUUUUAUUCAGUGCAGUCUUAUCGUACUACUCGGCCCAAUGACAGCGUCACUUCUCUCAUAAGUUCGGAUUUUCACAGUGAAACAACUUUGUAUGACUCUGCUCAGUCGAUCCAAACUCUUCCAAGUUGUAGUCGUUCUUCAUUUGUAAGCCUCGACAAUCCGAGCGGAGAACGAGACCAUCCGGACACUUCACGACAUCGCAACAGUGUGUGCACACAUCCUGAUCUUUCACAGUGUUCAAUUGACCGACGUGGCAGUGAGCCGUGUUGGGGGUACACGAGCUGCCCUGACCUAUCUCCCAUUGGAUAUCGUCGAAAUAAAGCUUUACUGCAGAAUCCUGGUAGACUUAGUCCUAUACUGACCUCACACCCCACCACCAACACCCUAUCUCCUCGCGGUUCACCCCGCUUGUCUCCUUUAAGAAAGAGAGCCAGUAUGAGUACUGUAGAUGGAACUCCCUCACCCAGCUUGCCAGAAGAUGCCGACAAGAAGAAAAAAGGACUCAUGUCGUCCUUCCGAAAAAGUCGGAAGACUGGUAGGAAGUUACGUCAACAGAAAAAAGCAUCUGAGGGAGGUUCUGCCUCAACCGGUAUCAGCGUGACCAGUGACGCAGAACUAGACCAUUUGUUAGAUUCCGAGUCAAGUGCCCCAAAUAGUCCAGCGCCUGUGAAGAGUGAUACUAUUGUGGGAAACAAGAAUCAAGAGAAGGCCGAGGGGUUAGAAAUGAACCUUGAUAGUCACCAGGCGACUCAUGAGCGACUCAACGGCGCGACAACAUCCCCCAAAGGAUCAGCAGCCAGCAGCAAGACCCCUUCUCCAGUUUCUACCAGGAUUGCCAAGGUCGACGACAGUGUUAAGAAAACCGACGAGAAGGAAGAAAAGAAGAAGGAGAAGACUAAAUUUGGGAGCUUCCUCGUACGUAAAGACAAAAAAAUAAAAAUUGAUUCUGGAUCGAAAUCGUCCAUCAUGAGUAAUGCAUCAGCAGCGUCUUCUGUUACCACUGAUGCCUCACUUGCUAACACGGACCUGGGUUCAACAUUAGAUUCGCCAGAGAUGAAGGCGGAUGAGAAGAGGGAUACUGUGAAAGCUGAUAGCGACCCUUCGACCGCAGCUGCUGGGACAACUAACACCGAAGGCGCAACCUCAGAACCCGCCGACUCCCAGAGUCCCUCGUUUCGCUCAUAUAUAUCUUCAGUCCAGUUUGUCAAGAAUUGGUCGGUAAAUGCGGAAAUACCUCAAGAUAAGCCAGUUAUUGAAGCGAAAUCCAAAUUCAGCGUCGAUGAAGCAGAGAAUAAGACAACGCCAAAAGAGACUAAGUCUACAGUCGAAACAAAGAAGAUUACGACAAGUCCAGCUGAUAGCAAGCCAUCUACAGCCGAGGUAACCUCUAAGCGGAGAACAACAGUCACUAUUGUGUCAAAGCAAACAGAAUCUCCUAAACUUACGCAUUCAUCCUCCCCUGGUGUCGUACUCAGACGCGCUAUGGUCUUCCCUACCCCUCUAGCGCCCGUGCCGGCCGUGUCACCUUCUCAGGUGACAGUCAGGCGGGCAGCUACCAACCCAACUUUUAAUACAUCAUCUUCUAGAUCGAAAUCCCCCACUCCUGUCCUUCCCAAGCGUCUCUCCUUUGAGAACAUUAUAUCCCCCUUAGACAAGCAGCCCCCGGCAGUGGAGCGUGGUGUUAAUACAGCGCCUAUUCUUACCCCGCCGCCGCUCAUUGUCACGCCGCCGGAGGACGACACCAAACUCACAAAAACGUCGCCAGAGGGCGUUAGUGUGGAAGCGAGUCCAGUCGUGGGACCGGUGGCGGCCUCGGGCAUGGCCACUCCCCCGUCUAGCCCCGAGGGUCAUGGGCGAGACGCACGAGAGACCCCAAAGGGCGACCGAUCAGGGAAUGAACGCAACCCGUUAAUGGAUUCGUCGGGACAAACAAGUGGCUCUUGGGCCGGGUCGAGCAAUGACAAGCGCGAACACCUCUACAAGAUAUUGGUAAUUGGGGAACUGGGUACUGGCAAGACCUCCAUCAUCAAGCGAUAUGUCCAUCAGUUCUUCAGCCAGCACUAUAGGGCCACCAUUGGUGUUGACUUUGCCCUCAAAGUGCUAAAUUGGGACAAUAAUACUGUGAUUCGUCUACAACUCUGGGAUAUUGCAGGUCAAGAACGAUUUGGAAAUAUGACAAGAGUAUACUAUAAAGAGGCAGUUGGAGCUUUUGUAGUGUUUGAUGUAACUCGUGCCCAAACUUUUGAUGCCGUGGCCAAGUGGAAGACAGACCUUGACACUAAAGUCACCCUAGCUGAUGGUUCACCCAUUCCUACAGUACUUCUGGCAAACAAGUGUGAUCAGCCAAAGGAAGGUGUGGUAAACAACCCUGCAAGAAUGGAUGACUAUUGCCGGGAACGAGGUUUUAGUGGUUGGUUUGAGACGUCUGCUAAGGAGAAUAUCAACAUUGAUGAAGCCUCUCGUUUUCUUGUCAACAAGAUCCUUAACAACGAGAAGCAGGGAAUGAUGAUGACCGAAUCUAUGGAUACUGACAAAUUUUCUGUAGAUGGGAAGACCAAUCCUGUUGAUAAAACUGGAUGCCGCUGUUAGUAAAACAAAAUUUGGGAAUUAAUGAAUACAGUACAGUACUUGAAAUUAGACAUCAUAUUUAUAUUAAACAGACAUUUAUGAACUAAGAGGCAAGGUGCCAAUGGUGAGUGAUAAUCACUUGCAACUUUUCAUGAAAACACAUGAUCAGAAGGAAAAAGUUCGGAGAAGAAUUUUACGGUACAGUACAUUAUACUGUAUGUGUACAAUAUUUUUACUGAUGAUAAAAUGAAGCCAAAAAGAAAAAAUUAUGGUACAUAACACUGUGCUUAAGCUUCUUCUUUUUGUACACUUUUACUUUUAUCAUCUUCACUACUGAUCUGUUCAUUAGCCACUUGGUCAGUCAGUGACGUCUGUUACACACUGACGGCAAGUACUGGGCAUGUACUGUAAAGGCUUCAGAAUGUAUCUGUACCUGCUCCAGUGUUGGUCAAGUCUGAUCUUGAAUGAGCUCACAUUUGGUGCCAUCACAAGGCUCUCUGGCAGAUUAUUCCAAGAGUUCACAACUCUCAUUCCAAAAAAGUUUGCCCUGACAAUUUUCCAAACUUGUAGCUUCUUCAACCUUGAGCUGUACAAGAGUGAAAAUGAUAUACUGUACUCAAGAAGACUUGUGAACUGUGGUCCAGAAACCAUGGCACAAAUGUCUCGAGGAUAAAUCAUUGUCAGGUUGUUAAUAUUGUGAGCACAGUUAAAUAAGAGACUUUUUUUAAGAGUAAGACACUGAGAGUUCACUCUAAGAAUGAAGAUGGGAAUGGAUUGAUAGGCCUGGUUAUCAAACACGGAAAUCCAUAUUGUUUCAUAUUAAUUGAAAUAGAUGGGAAUGAAUGUUAUUGAUAGUGCUAUGAAAGAUAAUGGUAAGAAUUGCGUAAUGCUUCGCUUUAUUUCCU